AGCUGCCUGGCGGCAGCAGAGGAAUUUGAGUAGCGAUAGAGAGAAAAGGUGUGUGCAACAGAGAGAGAAAGAGAUGGAAUGAAAAGAAGCCACGAUCACGUAAAGCCAGCUAACUGAAAGCAGAGUCCCUGGAAGCAGAGUAUGACUAUAGUGUAACACAUGAUCUGACUUUCACAAUAUACUUUUGUUGAAGAAUCUAUUUUGUGAUUUCUCAUUCCAGACUUCCAUUGGUUUAACAAGAGUACACCAGACAGUGAUCACCAAUGGCUGCUGGCCUGGAGAAAGCUUGUCACCGGUGCAUAUCUAAAAUUGCCAGUAAUGCAUGCUUUAUUUUUGGGCUUCUUGCUUUCCUUGCUGUACCACUGGCCAUGGCUUUUACAGGAAUGAAGUUUUUGGAAGACUGCCCACUUCAACCACUAAUUCCCUUAUAUCUGUUGGUGGGUGGUGUUGUCGGCAGUUUAAAGGUGACUCUUCUGCUUUAUGACUCCACCAGGAUGCGGCAACUGCUUUCCAAAUCUAUCGUGAUUGAUGAUGAUGACGAUGAUGAAUAUCCAUGGCGGCAGAAUGCUCACAAAUACUACAUCCAUGUUAUGCUCAGUCUCUUCCUCUUUAUCUGGUUCAUACUCGGGAACUAUUGGGUGUUUUCUGUCUACCUGCCAAAUUUCAUUCCACCUUUCCACCAGCCCCAGGAUUAUUGUGAUAAAACCCUGUACAUUUUUGCUGUUGGAGUUCUUAUUGUUAGUCAUACUGUGCUGUUUUUGCUUAUCUUUUGUAGCUUCUGUAUAUAUUGUUUUUCUAGGCGAAGAUAUGCUGCAGAAGAGGAUUAAAAGCCAUAGAAACUAAACCACAGCUGUUAGGUAAAGGAAGUCCAAUGAAAAACAAAAGGCAAUAAUUUACCAG